AUGAGGGUAUAUCGUGUUUUGGUGUCCUCAUAUCACAAUAUUGUACCAGUGUCCUUCAAGACCUUGAUCAAGAUUCAUCUUCGCGAGGGCCUGUUCAUGGUUUGGGUCAACGACCUGGCAACAAUAGAUGUCAUGCAAUUGGAAAUUGACCCAUCUCUUGGAAAAUAUCCAAUCAGCGGGUACUCAUCAGUGAGAAGAGAAGGAGUUAUCGACUGUUUCCUGGCCCUUGAUCUGGUUCAUAUAAACCUCGAUCUCAAGUAUAAUGUGUGGUCUAGUGAGGUAGACACAAAUAAACGUCCGAAGGUUGGAACAUAA